UGUCGUACAUGGGACUGUUUAUUUUGACUCAUAAUCGCGACUUAAUUUCAGUUGUUCAACAAACUUUUUCAAAUAAUUUUUGACAGUUCUUUGACAACUUUUGCCAAUCUUUUAUUUCUGUGUCUUCAGUGUUUUGUUGCAAAAAGUUUGUUGUCAUUGAAUUAAAUUCUUAAAAAUCUCAUACAAUGGAUAAGUCUGGCUUUGGAACAUGCCGGACUUGCCUGCGAGAUUCAAAGCAGUUGCAGUCUCUUUAUAAAAUUGUUGAGAUUUCCGAGAGAAAGGAAGAAUUGACUGUCUUCUUGAGGGAAUUGACAAAUCUUCAGUGUGUCCAGGAAGAUGGACUACCUGUAUCCAUCUGUCAGGAAUGUCUACGGAAGCUUUCAGAUGCAAUUUCAUUCAAAACGAUGUGCUUAAAUUCCGACAAUAUCCUCCGAGGGAAUAUUGUGAUAAAGAUCGAAGAGAUCUUUCUUGAGGAUACACAAGUAAUUCCAGAUAACCAGGAAGUCAAAAGAGACCCCACAUAUAAGAGACCCUCAAGAUCAAUGAAGGAAAAAAUUGAUUGGUUAAAGAUUAAGGAAGAAGUUCCAGAUGUUGAAGACAUUGAAGGCUGCAUGAAUGAAAAUCCUCCAGAUCUGAAGAGAAACCAACAACGGGAAGAUGGGAAUGAUGGUACGCAGAAUCAGAUGGUGACGAUACCGAAGACUGAAGCUAAUGCCGAAGUGCUUGAGGAUGUGAUGAAAUGGUGGGGAAGUGAUGGUAAACCCAUUCAGGGCGAUGAUGAAGAUGAAAAUGUUUCCAAUGAAAUUCCAAACUCAACAAGGAAAAUCCAAAGCAAGAGGGGUUGGAAAAAGAAGCCACAAAGCCAAGAUACUCAAAACAAACGAAGAAGUGAUCCAUGCAUUUGUCCAAUAUGUGGGAAGAUCUAUAGUACCCGUGGCAAUCUCAAAACUCACAUAUCUCGUCAUUCGAAUGAGAAAUCGGAGAAAUCUUUUGAAUGCGCUCACUGUGGGAAGAUCUUUAGGAACAAAUCCACUCUAAGUGUGCAUGUUAAGAAUCAUAUGAUCUACAAACCCUUUAAAUGCAAAAUGUGCAAAAAGAAAUAUUCCACAAAAUAUAGACUUGAUAUUCACAUGAUGACUCAUGCUGGUAAAAAGCGCUUCCUAUGCCCAAUUUGUGGAAAAGGCUCCACAGAAAUGGGUAACCUAAUAGACCAUCUUACCACUCAUUCCAACGAAAGGCCAUUUGAAUGUGAAAUUUGCAAGAAAACAUAUAAAACAAAAGGCUGUCUCAACAAUCAUAAAUAUUCUCAUAACAAACAUCGUUUUGAAUGUGCUGAAUGUGGAAGGAAGUGUCUCACUAAACAAGUCUAUACGCGACAUCUUCUCAUCCACACCAAGGAGCGGCCAUAUGAAUGCAAUUUCUGCAAUAAGACCUUCAAUGCUUUGCACAUCCUGAAGCGUCAUACUCUUCUCCACACUGGCGAGGAGAAACACAAAUGUACCAUCUGUUCAAUGGGCUUCAUCCGGCGACAGGAUCUUACCCGUCACAUGGCCAAGCACAAGAAGGAGGAAGAGACAAAAACUCAGGGAAAUUUCAUUAUAAUGGAUGAGUCUGGCUUUGAGAUAUGCCGGACUUGCCUGCGAGAUUCAAAGCAGUUGCAGUCUCUUUAUAAAAUUGUUGAGAUUUCCGAGAGAAAGGAAGAAUUGACUGUCUUCUUGAGGGAAUUGACAAAUCUUCAGUGUGUCCAGGAAGAUGGACUACCUGUAUCCAUCUGUCAGGAAUGUCUACGGAAGCUUUCAGAUGCAAUUUCAUUCAAGACCAUGUGCUUGAGUUCCGAUAACAUCCUUAGAGGAAAUAAUGAGAUAAAGAUCGAAGAAAUCCUCCUCGAGGAACCGCAAAUGAUUUCGGAAGUCAAAGUAAAUCCGAAUUAUCAGAUAGUUACAAGAUCAAAUAGGGGAAAAUUUGAUUUGUUUAAUCUCAAGAUUAAGGAAGAAGUUCAAGAUGUUGAGGACACAGAAGAAGACACAAAUAAAAAGCCCCCUGAUCUCAAGAACAAAUGCGAAAAUGGGAAUGUAGAUACACAGAAUCAGGAGGAUAUGGAAGUGGUGAAGACUGAAGCGAAUGUUGAAGUAUUUGAGGAUGAGAUGAAAUGGUGGGGAAGUGAUGGUAAACCCAUUGAGAAUGAUGAAGAGGAAGAAGAAAUUCCCGAGAAGGUAACUCCCGAAAAGCUUAUUGCCAAGAAGCUUACAAAUUCAUCAAAGAAAGCGAAGGUGCAGAAAAAGGAGCCGAAAUGCGAAGAUCCUGACUACCUGCCCUCAAAUGAGACGAAGUAUAAGAAUGUCAAGAAGCGCAGGUACCCCGAUAAGCCCCACAUGUGCCCUAUAUGUGGAAAGGUCGUGAUACGUGGCAUUAAACUUCACAUAACAUCUCAUUCUGAUGAGAGACCCUUUGAAUGCGCUCACUGUGGGAAGAGGUUUAAGAAUAAACUGAAUCUAAAGAUGCAUAUGAUGAUUCAUAAGACCGACCAUCCCUUCAAAUGUACAUUUUGCCCUGAGCAAUUUCCCAAAAAAGACAAAUUGGAUAUCCACGUGAGGAGUCAUACCGGUGAAAAGCCUUUCCUGUGCACAAUCUGUGGAAAGAGCUUUACGCGAAGAGGUGACCUGAAUAUUCAUGUGGGCAUCCAUACCACCGAAAGGCUAUUUGAAUGUGAAAUUUGCAAGAAGGCGUAUAAAACAAAAGGAACUCUCCAUAUUCAUAAGAAGUCUCACAACCCUAAGCCUUUUGCAUGCACUGAGUGCGAAAGGAAGUGUGGCACUAGGCGGGCCUUACAGCAACAUCUUCGUACUCACACCAAGGAGCGUCCCUUUGAAUGUAAUUUUUGCCAUAAGACCUUCAAUGCUCAGCACAUCCUGAAGCGACAUAUUUAUCUUCACACUGGUGAGAAGAAGUUCAAAUGCACCAUCUGUCCAGUAGGCUACAUCCAACGACUGGAUCUCGUACGUCACAUGACCAAGCACAAACAGGAGGAGGAGGGAAAGAAUCGAGGAUUACUUGAAAAUUUCAUUACAAUGGAUGAGUCUGGCUUUGAGAUAUGCCGGACUUGCCUCCGAUAUUCCAAGGAAAUGCAGAAUCUUUAUAAAGAUGUUGAGAUUUUCGAGAGACAAGAAGAAUUAACAGUUUUCCUAAAAGAAUUGACAAAUCUUCAGUGUGUCCAGGAAGAUGGACUACCGGUUUCCAUCUGCCAGGAAUGUCUACGAAGGCUCUCAGAUGCAAUUUCAUUCAAGACCAUGUGCUUGAGUUCCGAUAACAUCCUUAGAGGAAAUAAUGAGAUCAAUGAGAUAAAGAUCGAAGAAAUCCUCCUCGAGGAACCGCAAAUGAUUCCGGAAGUCAAAGCAAAUCCGAAUUAUCAGAUAGUUACAAGAUCGAAUAGGGGAAAAUUUGAUUUGUUUAAUCUCAAGAUUAAGGAAGAAGUUCAAGAUGUUGAGGACACAGAAGGAGACACAAAUAAAAAGCCCCCUGAUCUGAGGAGCCAAAGCAAAAAUGGGAAUGUAGAUACACAGAAUCAGGAGGAUAUGGAAGUGUUGAAGACUGAAGCGAAUGUUGAAGUAUUUGAGGAUGAGAUGAAAUGGUGGGGAAGUGAUGGUAAACCCAUUGAGAAUGAUGAAGAGGAAGAAGAAAUUCCCGAGAAGGUUACUCCCGAAAAGCUUAUUGCCAAGAAGCUUACAAACUCAUCAAAGAAAGCGAAGGUGCAGAAAAAGGAGCCAAAAUGCGAAGAUCCUGACUACCUGCCCUCAAAGAAGCGCAGGUACCCCAAAGAGCCCCACAUGUGCCCUAUAUGUGGAAAGGUCGUGAUACGUGGCAUUGAACUUCACAUAACAUCUCAUUCUGAUGAGAGACCCUUUGAAUGCGCUCACUGUGGAAAGAGGUUUAAGUAUAAAAUGAAUCUAAAGAUGCAUAUGAUGAUUCAUAAGACCGACCAUCCCUUCAAAUGUACAUUUUGCCCUGAGCAAUUUCCCAAAAAAGACAAAUUGGAUAUCCACGUGAGGACUCAUACGGGUGAAAGGCCAUUCCUGUGCACAAUCUGUGGAAAAGGCUUCAAGCGAGAAAGUGACCUGAAUAAACAUGUUGGCAGCCAUACCAACGAAAGGCUAUUUGAAUGUGAAAUUUGCAAGAAAACUUAUAAAACGAAAGGAACUCGUAAUAUUCAUAGGAAGACUCACACCAAUCGCACACCGCGCUUUGAAUGUGCUGAGUGUGGAAGAAAGUUCUUCCACAGACAAGUCUAUACAAAACAUUUUCGUAUACACACCAAGGAGCGUCCCUUUGAAUGCAAUUUUUGCCAAAAGACCUUCAAUGCUCCGCACAUCCUGAAGCGUCAUAUUCUUCUCCAUACAGGCGAGAAGAAGUUCAAAUGCACCAUCUGUCCAGUUGGCUACAUCCAAAAACAGGAUUUCGUACGUCACAUGGCCAAGCACAAACAGGAGGAAGAGGGAGAAAAUCCAGGGUAAAAGAAGAAGUAUUUGAAUUUCAGGGAUAUACAAUAAAAA